ACACAAAAUCUAUCUACUUUCAUGGUAGAAUCUUCCAUCUUCGACACCUCAUAGUAAAUCAUGAGAUGGAAUGCGAGAGAGAGUGGCAGGCUGAGAAAAUCCCCAGAGUACAAAUACCUCGGAAUGGACUCUUGAUUCCACAUACAAGCACCCAACCACCAAAGCCGACCCACGGAAUAUCCUGAAAACACAAAGCAAGCAUGGACGAGACAACAUCGACCACAGUCACCUCAGUAUCCAGUGCACUAGCAGUAUUGGGUGCAUUUGGAUGUGAUGCCAUGACGCCCGCAAUGCUGACACAGUGCCUCUACAAAGACUCAUAUGGUGCAAUCACGCUGACUACAGCGCUGGUUAAUGGGGCGUGCCAACCAGUGGCUGGCCCUACGUUCAAGCUCGGAGCGAUGCUGAUGGUGCACACAGCAUGUGCAUUAUCAGGCAGGAUCAACGACUGGGACGAGUAUGUGGGUGUAGCGCCUUUGAGGAAUGCAAAAGCAGAGUGCUACUCCGUCUCCGACGGCCGGAUGAAGCAGAUGGGUAGCUGCGUCUACGCAGCUGUGCAGGAUCGUGCUGUAGCUGCAGUGUCUGCUCUAAAGCCCCAGGAUCGCGUCCACCAUCAUUACAUCCGCAUGACAGUAUCCCCACAGGAAGAUACACACACGGGAACGUAUGCAAACAUUGUGCGAUGGAUUGCUGCGUGUUGGCCACUGGUUGCUUCAGCGAUCAUGGCGUGGGCCGACAUGCAGCUGUGGGCAGGUAAUGUGCUGUUAGGCUGGCUUGGCUGGUUCUUUAUCGUGCUCAGUGCCGGGCCCGCUGUUCAGUCCGGACACCAGUGCAACGCCAAUUGCAAACAGCGAGUGUACCUACUGAAUGACCAAAACACCACAAAAAGCUUGAUCGAGUACACUGUGUGUUUGGAGUUUGAUGACCUAGCACGUCGGAGACUGCCGAAGCGCCACACACGCUGCAGAGUCCUGCGUGCGAUCGGAAGUCUCUUAAUGACCAUACAUUUCCCACUGGGGCUUGUGGCGACCUGCUAUGACAGCAGUGCAGGUGCACAGACGUGGGUGCUGAUACAGUUUGUGGGCCUGAUUGCUGGCAUGCGAUGGUGGUGCAUAGAGCAGCGUCUUGCCCGUCAUGGUGUCGACUGUGCACAGGGUCUAACAGUGACUCACGAGAUCCAGCCAUUCGAAAGGUGGCAAGCUGUGCUCGACCGCGUCGACCAAAUCCAUUGGCCACACAUUAAGCAUCAGUACACCUAGUCUGUUCUCUCUUCCUCUCUCUCUCUUCCCCUCUCCUGCUCUCACCACCUGCCAACCUUCGGUGCCUUCAUCUUGCUUUAGUCUCUAUCCUGUCCUUGCCUCUACCCUGUUCUCGCCUCUUUCCUAUCCUUCCCUCUAUCCUGUCCUUUCCUCUACCCUGUCCUUUCCUCUACCCUGUCCUUGCCUCUACUCU